AUGCCUGAGCCACUGUCUACCCUGUCGCCUGCCAAGCAGAACUCCAGAUCCUCUCCUAUCAAGCUCGACUUCUUCCAGAAACCAGACUCGACCUUGAUGACCGAUCCUCUCAAGUCACCUCCUGCGAUGUCCGCCGUUGCUGUCGUCCAAACCACUGCCAUUGAUACGACCAACAUUCACCGAUCGAUCAUGGAUCACCCUAUUUCUCCUCCUGUUCCCUCUAGCCCACCAUCUAGCCCCCGAAAGGCAUUCUCGCCCAUCAAAUACCGCCUACACGAUGAAUCAAGAUUUGACAACUCGCCUCCAGGGUCCCUUGCCGAACCGACCGUACGAUUUACGGAAGGUCUGACAAGGGCAAUGGAUAACAUGCAAAAGGAGGUGCACACCGACAGUUUGGACGAAUCCGUCGUCCACCAUACGCCACAUGAUGGGAUCAGUGCCUCACCAGAUCGCGCGAGGAGAAGCAAUUCUCUGUCCCAAGACGACCUAGACGACAUGACUCUGACCCUUAGUCUUGAUGACAAGACCUCGCACGAUGAGACAGUGGGUGACUUGAGCACAAUCUCGGCCAUCCCUACCGACAUGACCAGAUUUGCCAAUUCGCACCAUUCGCCGUCCAAACCACACCGAGAACCCUGGUCACCCUCCAAACAGUUGCGCGGCUCCAUCAUUACCAGCACUCCCGGAACUGCUCAGCGGCCACUGCGGCUGUUGUCUACGUCCAGACGAAGUACAUCAUCCAACGAAGAUGAUGAAGCCACUCCUCGAGGACCACGCCAUUCCAACGACUCACCCACGGAUCUCUUGAAUUUUACGGGACAAACAAAUAUUCUCAUUCCUCCGCCGAACUCAGCCCCUCGAACCAUGCGACGAAGCCCAUCGGGAAGGGGAGGGUUUCCCAUUAAAGUCAAUCCGAGCCCGGCGCACCGCUCCCAAGCUUCGGUAGACCGUGAAAGAGCAAGUGGACGGUCCCCUCAAAAGCAACACCAAGCGGCUUUGGGGGACCGAAAUGUCCCUGCGACUCCUGCUGGUCAGCGACACAGUCUGUCGGGGGCAUCAACGGGACUGGGCGUGGAUUUGCUCGACAUUGAUCUGGAACCCAUGGCCACUCCACGAUCCAUUCCCACCAUCACACCCCGAGAAUUGGAGACCUUGAGAUCGGAACUGCAGUCACGCAUUUCCGGGCUUGAAGCCACUUUAUCGGGCAAGGAGGCCGAGGUCAUGGCAUUGAAACGCGCGAUCACCGAUGCCGAGGUGCGGGUGGGCAAGACCAGCGAAGAACUCCGAACGGAACGGGCUUCUCGUGCCGAGCUCGAACAGGCCAAGAGUGACCUGGAGCGACGAAGCCGAGAAAUGGAGGAGGUCCUUCGCGAGAUCAAACAAAAUGUUUUUCUCGAGGAGCGAGAGAAGGAAAAGCUUCGACGACAGACGGAAGAAGCGGAUCGAAAGGUGGAGGAACAGGAAGUCCGCAUCCUCGAACUUCAGGCCUCUCUCGAUACGCUGCGAUCGGAACGGGUCCGAUCGACUCCGAGUCCGGACAAAACCAAUGGACCGGCCACCCCGGGGGUGAGUGCUGAUAUUGAUUUCGCGGUCAAGGAUGCGACGGAGAAGGUGGCCCGUGAAUUGCACGCCCUGUACAAGAGCAAACAUGAAAGAAAAGUGUCCGACCUCAAGGUCAGCUAUGAAAAGCGAUGGAUCAAGCAAGUGGAACAGCUUCGAGCCGAACUCAAGGCAUCUCAAGAUGAGGUGAUUCGGCUGCAAACGGAAAAGGAAGCCACCAUGAGCGGAGUCAUCCCUGGACAGAGUGAGGCCCUUUCCAAGAUGGAAGGACAGAUCGAAGAAUUGAGGCGGUGGAACGAAGAGACGGUGGCCGAGAAGAAAAUGAUUGAAGCAGAGGCAGCCGGACUUCGAAGUCAAGUUGACUCGCUUACCGCCGACACUGAAUCCCUGCGAAAAGAAGUGGAACAAGAACGAGUCGAGAAGGGCGACCUGGUGGCCCAGGUGGAUCUUUUCUUAGCAAUGAGCGCCCAACAAGACGAACAACGGGCAACCCAGCCCCAACAUCAACCGGUGAGCCCCCCUAGGAGUGAAGAUGGGAACGGAAGGCCCAACUCGGCAUCUGCCAUCGCGAGUCCGAACAAAUUCAGGAAUAGCAUGAAUGGAGGGAAAGAGGGUGGAGGGACCACAGGAAUCUCCGCUCGGCCACGACCAAUGAGCAUGCUACAGAAACCGACCGCCGGCAAAUAUUCAGGAAUUCCAGCCCCUGGGUCUGGGUUGAAAGCGCCUUCUGCCAAAGCUCCCGGUUAUAGUGGAAGGAGUUGCGGGAUUAUGGAAGGAAUUGCACGCAUGGGUGCUGGGGGCAGAUGA